UCCAGGCUGCCUACGCGGGCCAGGGCGAACGAGCCCGGCCGCCCACUGUACAGAGCGGCCGAAGAACGGAGUGGUCGCGCUCGCUCGCUCUCUCUCUCUCUCUCUCUCUCUCUCUCUCUCUCUCUCUCACACACACACACACACACACACGCACGCACACGCGCACACACGCACACUCAAAACUCUUCGGACCUGCCGCACCACUGCUGCUCCAAUCCCUGGAACAGGCAAGCGAGCGAGCGCCCUCCGGACCGCUGCGCGCACCCAGACUCCGGCGCUGCGCUAGUGCCCUUCCCCAGCGGCCGUCUCGGCCGGGUGUUCUGGAACACAGAGAGGAGAAGGAGCGUAGAAUCAGACCCCGAAGACACCCGGGCCACACACGCCACGACUGAGGCUCUUCCUCGGCGCCCAAGUGGGGACGGCGCCCGCAGCGCCCUGGCGGGUGAGGCCCGCGCGGCCGCCCGGGAGGAGCCCACCUGCCGCUCUGUGGUCCGCGCGCGCGGAGUGCGGCUCUCGGGGUCCCGCCCCAGCUCGCCGCCGCUGGCUUGAAAUUCAGCCCCCGGCUGUGUCGCGGGCCCCUCGCGGCCUCGGAGCGCCUGUCCCCCGGCCCGCCUCGCGGCGAUGGCUGGGGCGCGCGGGCUGCUCUGGCUGUGGCUGGGCUGCUUCUGCGGGAGCCUGGCGCGGGCAGAGAGGCCGAAGCCCAGUCUCCCGCAGCUCCACGGCGCUGGGUCGGGACACCGCACGGCAGGUGGUGGCUCGGGCCCGGUGCUGCAGCCGCUCGACAAGGUGUCCGAGCACAUGCUGCGGCUCUAUGACAGGUACAGCGGCGGCGGCGGCGGGGCCGAGGCGGAGCGCGCGCGGGGGGCCUCGGAGCGGGGCUCGCCGCCCGCGCGCCCCCAGCCCCUGCGCGAAGGCAACACGGUCCGCAGCUUCCGAGGCGGAGCAGCAGGAACCCUUGGAAGCAAGGGACUGCACAUUUUUAACCUGACUUCUCUAACCAAGUCUGAAAACAUUUUAUCUGCCACACUGUAUUUCUAUGUUGGGGAGCUAAUAAACAUCAGCCUGAGUUGUCCAGAGUCCCGAGGAUGCUCACAUCAUGCUCAGAGGAAACACAUGCAGAUUGAUCUCUCUGUGUCGAUCCUUAAAUCUGACAGAAACCAAAGUCAACUCUUCGGUCAUCUUUCAGUAGAUGUAGCCAAAUCUCAUCGAGACUUUGGAUCCUGGCUGUCUAAAGACAUCACUCAACUCCUGAGGAAGGCCAAGGAAAAUGAGGAGUUCCUCAUAGGAUUUAAUAUUACCUCCAAAGGGCACCAGCUGCCAAAGAAGAGGUUACCCUUCCCUGAGCCUUAUAUCUUAGUGUAUGCCAAUGAUGCUGCCAUUUCUGAGCCAGAGAGCGUGGUGUCAAGCCUACAAGGGCACCGGAAUUUCGCCACUGGAACUAUGCCUAAACUGGCUAGCCAUAUCAGGGCUGCCCUUUCUAUUGAACGCAGGAAGAAGCGCUCUGCUGGGGUCCUGCUACCUCUGCAGAACAAUGAGCUUCCUGGGGCAGAGUAUCAGUACAGGGAGGAUGGGGUAUGGGAGGAGAGAAAGCCUUAUAAGACCCUUCAGACUCAGGCCCCUGAGAAGACUAAAAACAAAAAGAAACAGAGAAAGGGACUUCACCAAAAGAGCCAGACGCUCCAGUUUGAUGAACAGACCCUAAAAAAGGCCAGAAGAAAGCAAUGGAUUGAGCCUCGGAAUUGUGCCAGGCGGUAUCUUAAAGUGGACUUCGCAGAUAUUGGCUGGAGUGAAUGGAUUAUCUCCCCCAAGUCCUUUGAUGCCUAUUAUUGCUCUGGAGCAUGCCAGUUCCCCAUGCCAAAGUCUUUGAAGCCAUCAAAUCAUGCCACCAUCCAGAGUAUAGUGCGAGCUGUGGGGGUCGUGCCCGGAAUUCCUGAGCCUUGCUGCGUGCCAGAAAAGAUGUCUUCACUCAGUAUCUUAUUCUUUGAUGAAAAUAAGAAUGUGGUACUUAAAGUGUAUCCUAACAUGACAGUAGAGUCUUGUGCUUGCAGAUAACCUGGCAGAGAACUCAUAUGAAUGCUUAAUUCAAUCAUUUGUUUAUUUAAUGGACUUUACCCCUCCUCUUUUUUUUUUCCGCACUGCCAAUGCAUUUCAUCCUAAAAGAUUUUUUCAUAGUCAAAGAGAAAGAGCAAAUAGACUGACGAUUUCCACCAGGAGAACUGGACUGCGUUUGUUUCUGAAUGUAACUCAUUGUGAGAUUUUAGUAAAUAUGGACAUUUGUUUCUUGUUUUAAAAAAAAUCAUGAAAGAAAAAUGAUCAAACUGUUUUUAGAGCUAUUAGAGGACACACUGAUUUAUUUUUGUAAUGGGCUUGAUAAUAUGUUGGGAUAACACCAAUAGCUAAUCACUUAGCUGUACUCAUUGAGAAUAGAAACAUUUCAUAUUUUGAAGUAAGCUUAUUGCCAUAGAUUCCUAAGUGACUCAGCAAGUGCUAAAUAAUCCAAUCAAUGUUUGUUUAUCUUAGAAACAUUUAAGACUCUUGUUUACCUGUGUCUUUCCUCCAUGUGUAAUUGCGUGAAUUGAUGAGUGGAGAGUGUAUGCGUAUGUAUGUGUGUACUUUGCUAGGUGCCUGUGUCCUCUGUAGGAAGGUUUGCUUAACCUGGUUUUAUAAUUCAGUCUACACAGGAUUCUUUGAUUUCUUCAUUUCAUGUUCUGGCAAGCACCAUUCAAUUAUGAGAACUUCACCAAAAAGGGUAGAGUGAUCCAAGAGCAUAUGCAGAGAGUUACCACUUGGCCCGGCCUUGCAAUUUGAAAUACAGUUGUUUUCAUUUCAUUGCCUCCUAGAAAAAGGAACUAGCAACCCAAUUUUCAAAAACCCAGAUGUAUUUCUUUGUCAUAAGUACCUGCGUUUGCUCUUUUAAACUGAAUUCAAAACUUCAACUAAAUUUUUUAAAUUAAAUUAAAAUUACAGUGUUCUUGAUAUGUCUUUACUCCAUGUGAAGUAAUCCAUAGAUACAGAGGCUCAAAAACUAAUAGAAUAUUGGAUAUUUCUUUAAAUGACCAAAUUAAUCACAGUCACAUGUCGAAUAUCAUUCUCCGGUGACAUUCAGGGCCAGACACCUUUUCAUGUGGACCAAGGUUCAACCAUAAAUCUACAUUUUAGCAAAUUAUUCACCCAAAAAAGGAAGUCAAAUAUAGACACUUUGGGUUUUUUUUGCCUACUUCUAUGUGUCAUAAAUAUCCUUAUACUUUGCCUUUGAAAACUUGUUUCAAAAAUCUCUCUCUCACUAAAUUCACAUGUGUGACAAAAAUGUUUGUUGUUGAUGUCAUAUCUGUGGUUAAUAGUCCUUUUAGUUGAGUCUUACCUGAGCAGAGACAACUAAGCCAUUUCAGAGGUGGUGAAGUAUCAGAAGACAUAGAGUUUUGUUCUCUCUCUUCCAGUAGCUACCUAUCUUGGUUCAUCAUUUAAUAAAUAUUUAUUGAGCAUUUAUUCUGUAAAAGGCAUUGUUUUAACUCUGUGUCCUUAGCAUCCUCACUGAUAAAAUGAAGAGUUUGACUAGUUGAGCUAGAAGGCCUUUCUGACGCAGAAAGUUUGGGCUUUUACUACUAGAUUUCAUACACAUCUUCCUUGAAUGGAUGAUACUGAUAGAUCUAAAAACACUGCAAGUAUCUCUGUUCAUAAACCAAAGGCAAGAACAUUCAGUCUUCAGCGUUUGGGAGUGAGUAUGAAAUUCUCUGUGGUUUAAGUCAUAUUUCUAACGUUCCAACUUAUUAGAAAUCCAUUUAAAGAAGAUUACUAUGAACAGAAGCUCUUUGACACUUUUGGAGUACACAGAGGUUGGUAUGAGUGUGUAUUAUUAACUCCAUGAAUGAGACACAAUAGUUCUGAAUAAUAAAUUAAGCUCUGGUGCCUGAAUUACUGUGGUUUCUUAUAGCUCACUUUUUAUUCUGGUAGCACUAUCUUAAAUAUUUGAAAUGAGAUAGGCGAUGGAAUUACUUUUGAUAAUCUUUAUCAACAAUUUGAAAGUAAAAUUAUAUAAUAGAAGUGAGCCAGUGUAUGCCAAUCGUAUCUUGGUCAUACCAUCUUUCAAUAAAGAAAACUUCUUUUUCACUGGCAGAAAUGAUUAAAUUCUUAGUUUAUUUUUUUUUAAUUUUUUAUUUUUUUUUAAAUUUAUGAUAGUCACAGAGAGAGAGAGACAGAGAGGCAGAGAGGCAGGCUCCAUGCACCAGGAGCCCGACGUGGGACUCGAUCCUGGCUCUCCAGGAUCGCGCCCUGGGCCAAAGGCAGGCGCCAAACUGCUGCGCCACCCAGGGAUCCCAAAUUCUUAGUUUAGAUUUUCCUCUAGCAGUUCUCAUCAUUACUUUUCAGCCUUCUAUCCAGAUGUCUAUUACCUUUCUUAAUUUUAGUUGAUAACCACUUCCUACAGAUUAAAUCCUACAAUGGCCAGAAAAGCCUCUAAAUAAUAAAAAUUUAUGAGUAUAAACUAAGAUUUUAAGUAGCAGUUUAUAUAACAAAAUUACAACAUAAUUAAAGAGCUUGGUAGUCUUUUAGCAAUCUAAAUAUUUUUUGACCAGUAGUUAUUUCUGAGUGGCCUUGUAACCAUCAUUUCACUACCAAAUUGAGGACAUAUUUUGCUAUAAACAGGAAAAAAUUUUAUUCCCCCAAAAUAAAGGAAGAUUUAUUUUCAGUCGAAGGGGUUGAAAUAAAUGAAAUGGUGUUUUAACUAAUAAAAAUUUAUUUGAAAUAGUUGGAAAAUUGACUAUUUCACAAUUUCUUAAGUACUAGUGUAUGCAUAAUUUUUGCAUAGACUUUUUAUAAAUCUCCUGCUAUAAAAGUGGCAAUGGUCUAAGAAGAGAAAUUAUGUUUAGAAAUGCCAUUUCCUAAAUAAUGCGUCUACAUCUGUCCCUCCCUCCUCUCUCUCCUGUUCCCCCCUUCUCCUUCCCAACCUCCAUUCCAUCCCCAUUCCUAGACAUCACACACACACACACACACAGUCAUUUAAAAAUGAAUUUUUUUCAAUAACUAUUUUCUUAAAUUCAAAUUCAGAGGCUGCUGAUGUCAAUAUAGAAUUUUCAAAUAUCUUACUAUAAGCUGUGUAGAUAACAUACAAUUUACAAGAUUUGUGAUUGUGGAAUUUAAACUGGAUGAUUGGAAUCCCCAGAUCUCAGGACUACAAUACUCCAGAUACAUUUUUACAUUCACCUAGCUGUAUUUUGACUGAUGAUCAUUUAUUCAUUAAGAAAAGAUUUUUUACCUUAAUAUUUCUGGGAAAACUCUUGUUGCCUGUUUAAUAUUUUUAUAGACAAUCAUAUGUGUAUGAUACUAUUAUCAGUCUGCAACAACAUUUUUUUUCUAUAAUUACACUAUUCAGUUUAGUCUUCCUGCUUUCACUUUUCUCUGUGCUAACAAGUAACUAAUAUCUGGAUGUUGACUUCUUGUUGAAUCAAGGUUGGGUUAAACAAUAGCUAUGCACAUAAGUGUGUAAGAUUAGAUAUGAAAUUAAAUAAGAAAGUUUGGAUAAAUCUCAUUUCUCCGUAUAGUGUCUUUUCCCCUUGAGAAUCAUAUUUUAAUGUAGUUUAUGAGUGAUUAAAUGAUCCCCCUUUUCCGGAAACCUAGCCUUCCCUCAGCUUUUCACACUAGCUUCUGUAAAUGUUUUAGUCCAGAAUUUAAUGCUUGUACAGUUAAUGCCAAUUUAAAAUAUAUAUUUUAUAUAUUAUAUAUAUAUAUGGGAAACUUUAAAGGUGCUUUUAAUUUAUUUAAUGACUGUUGCUUUUCUAUAAUGGUAAUUUUCAUCCUUAGAGGGUGAGAAAAAAUUCUUUUUAUUAUAGUUAUUACAUGCAAAAUGAAAUUCGGUUCUUUAGUCAAAUCCACUAAAGGGGCAUGUUGCAGUGAAACUGUGCAGGACAUUUCACUACUGAUGUAUAAGCUUUGCU